AUGGGAGAUUUCAGAGAGGAGUUUGCUAGGUUGUAUGAUUAUGCUGAGCAAUUAAAGACCACAAAUCCUGGAACUACUGUAUCUAUUAGGACAUCCAAGAACACAAUUCCAGGAAAAGAGGUGUUUAUGAGCAUCUAUAUUUGUCUUGGUUCCUUAAAAAUUGGAUGGAAAGAAGGGUGUAGAAGGAUUAUUGGUUUAGAUGGUGCAUUUCUUAAAAGUGUAUGUAAAGGUGAAUUGUUAUCUUGCAUUUCCAAAGAUGGAAAUAAUCAGAUGUACCCUAUAGCAUGGGCAGUAGUUGAUAAAGAAACCAAGGACACAUGGUCUUGGUUUCUCAAGUGCAUCAAACAUGAUUUGGAGCUUACAGAAGGUGAAGGACUAACAGUGAUGUCUGAUAUGCAAAAGGGUCUUCAUCUUGCACUUAUUGAUGUAUUGCCAAAUGCUGAAAUUAGAUAG